CUGGCUCCCCUCCGACCGAACCCCUUGCUAUUCUCCGAUCCGUUUUCCCCUCUGAUUUCCCCUCUCCAUAAGGAAAACAAUUUCCAUCGAUUCUCAUUAUUCCUCCUGCAAUGGAAGAAGAUAAAUCAUUUUCCCUCGCCUCGGAGCCAAUCAACCGCGCUGAGGAUAACAACCACGGCUGGCAGAAGGUCACUUACGCCAAGAAACAGCGAAAAACUCAGAAUAAGAAAGCGGCUUCCGAUUCAUCUAGGGCUUUACCUAACGGAUCCGGAAUUCUACCUGACAAAACCGGCGUUUUCAAGGGCUUGGAGAAGCACGCGGAGGAGCGCCGGCGUAAAUUGGAGGCGCAGCGUGCCGCUGCGGUUUAUGACGAUGAGGAUGAAAUUCCGAGGAGAUCGAAGAUUAACCAUGGAGGAGAAGAGGACGAUGAUGCCAGCAGCGAUGCCGAUGUUAAGAAUAAUGUGGCCGAGGUGAAUAAGAAGGAGAAGCCAAAGAAGGCUAAGAAGCCUAAAGUCACUGUGGCAGAGGCUGCCGCGAAGAUCGACGCUGAUGAUCUCGCCGCUUUUCUCUCUAGUGUUUCGGAAUCCUAUGAAGGGCAGCAAGAUAUACAGUUGAUGAGGUUUGCGGAUUAUUUUGGGCGUGCAUUUUCUGCAGUGAGUGCGUCGCAGUUUCCCUGGCUGAAGUUGUUCAGGGAGUCUCCCGUGGCAAAAAUUGCCGAUGUCCCUGUAUCUUCUAUUUCUGAGUCUGUUUACAAGACCUCAGUUGACUGGAUCAAUCAUCGGUCCUAUGAGGCAUUAGGGACCAUCGUGGUCUGGUCGUUAGAUGGCAUUCUUGCUGACUUGGCUUCCCAACAGUUGGGGUCUAAGGGUUCAAAGAAAGGAGGGCAGCCAGCAUCUUCAAAGUCACAGGUUGCCAUCUUUUUAGUUUUAGCAAUGGUAUUACGCCGGAAACCUGAUGUAUUAAUUACUGUAUUGCCAAAAUUGAGUGAAAACGCAAAGUAUCAAGGACAAGAUAAGCUUCCAGUUAUUGCAUGGAUGAUACUUCAGGCAUGUCAAGGGGAUUUGGCUGUGGGGUUGUAUUUAUGGGCACAUCAUGUUUUACCCAUACUUGGAGGAAAAUCAGGGUCUAAUCCGCAGACCAGGGACUUGGUUUUGCAGAUAGUGGAAAGAAUUGUGGCUGCACCAAAAGCUCGUAGCAUAUUAGUAAGUAAUGCUGUUAGGAAGGGCGAGCGCCUCAUUCCUCCUGUGGCACUUGACCUGCUGUUACAUGUAACAUUUCCUGCUUCUUCUGCACGAGUUAAGGCUACUGAAAGAUUUGAGGUGAUCUACCCCCUUCUGAAAGAGGUUGCUCUUGCUGGUUCUGCUGGAAGCAAAGCGAUGAAGCAAGUGGCACUGCAGAUACAGAGUUUUACCGUCAAAGCAGCUGGAGAAGGGAACCCAGCUCUAGCUGCGGAAGCAACUAACAUCUUCAUAUGGUGUUUGAGCCAGAAUCCUGAUUGCUACAAGCAGUGGGACAAGAUUUAUGUGGAUAACAUAGAGGCUAGUGUUGCCGCCUUGAGGAAGCUUGCUGAGGGUUGGAAGGAGCUUUCUUCAAAACAGUCUUCUCUUCAAGCACUUGGAGAAACUCUGAAGAGUUUCAGACAAAAGAAUGAGGAAGCAUUGAGUGGCGAUGUGGACGUUCAUAACCAAGCUAUAUUCAAGGAUGCAGAUAAAUACUGUAAGGCACUAUCAGGAAGGCUAUCUAGUGGCCAUGCUUGUGUGAAAGCUAUGUUCUUUACUAUUGCGGUGCUGGCUGUGGGAGCUGCUGUUGUGUCCCCCAACCUUGAUGCAUGGGAUUGGAAUAAGUUGUCAGUUUAUUUCACCACCCAUCAAUCCUUCUGAUCAGAGUUGUAGCCAAGACUCAAAGAGUUCGGAAUAUAGGUUUUUGGAUCUCCUUCAACCCGGGCAAAACUAAUCAAAGUUGCCCAAAAUAAAGUGGCGGAAGAGCUAGUGUUCUUUGUGUAGUAGCAAGUCCUGGUGGGUUUACUAAAGUAGAAUAUUUGCAAGUUAUCUGCGUGUAAAAGAGGGAAACUUGGUUUAAUCAUAUGGAACUAAUUUAUUUACUUUAUUUUUGUUAUUUUUUUGGUCUAGUGUUAGAGCUCAUCGUUGAUGUAAUUCUGCACUAACCUCUUUGGUUUGCAAAAUUGAGCAGACAGAGAUUUUGUUCUUUUGAAUAUACAUGUUUACUUUUGGAUAGA